UCGAUUUGUCGAUUGCGGCUGUGCCAGGACCGGACUUGUCGGAAUAUGCUGAGAACGACGAGAUCAUUGCGGAAUUUCGAAGUGUUGGGUCAGGCCUGAAGCAGAAUAUACUCUUCGUCAAGCAGUUGAAAGAGGAACUGGCUACUACAAUUGACAUGAUUUUCAGCGCAGUGCAGGUCGACCAGAGCAUCCAGACGUUAAAAGAGGGCGUGCUGGUCUAUGAACAGGCCGAAAGUAUGAGACGAUUGACAUAUCUCACGGUGUUCUUCCUGCCUGCCACGUUCAUUGCGACAAUCUUCGGAAUGAAUAGUCCGGCCACAUCAUCGCCUCCUUUGUGGCUGUACUUCGUGGUCUCGGUACCUCUAUCAGUGGUAUCCUUCUGCCUGCUGUAUGGCUUCCGUUACAUAUCAGAAUUACAACGUCUCAACAUAUUGUUCUGGCAACGCUUCAAGCCAACUACCCCAAACACGGAUAUCCCAAACACGGAUCAGAUGAAAAAUUCGAAGAUGCAUUUCGACGGGAUACUCCAGUGGUUCGUGGCUGUGGUUCGGGGGUUGUUUGGAAUUGUCUGUGGCCGCAGGAAGAAGUCAUCGCAACACGUGAUGCUAGCACCCACGGAAUUACAACCACAACCGACUAUGCCGGAGCGCAUAUCCACGCAGUAUCAAUAUCAGCAGUCACCAAUGCCUCAACCAAUACCAUCUGAAUAUCAACAUCAACUACCUUCCACGCAUUCCACGCAUUACAUGGAUCAACAGCAGCCACAACCCGCAACGAUGAAGCUGAGCGGCAGCAGCAGUAGCAGCAUAGCGGCAGGAACAACAGGACAACAGCAGCAAGCCCCCGAUACGCCCUCCCCUGGCCGUCCCAUCUUGAUACCUCCCAAGUCCCCAUAUGCUGGGCAAAUAGCUCCCCAACCGAACCUCGACGCGAGGGAACGCGUGGGUCGUAUAGCUAGAGUGCACUCAGCAUACCCCGUUCCCGCACCAUAUCCAGCUUCCGUACCAUUCCCCAUAACUUUACCAUACCCAGCUACCGUACCAUAUUCAGCUUUCGUAGGCCAGGGCUAUGAAUCAGAGCACAGACCGCCGGCUCUCGACCAUCACGCAACGUUUCAUGGAUCACUACCACCUCGCCCGUCCAGAAGGACGUCAUCUGGGUAUGAGCGUGUGCCCCAAGCUAUCUCUGCGCCCCCUCCCGCGGGGUCAUCUAGGUAUCCCGAGUAUCACUCUCCGUAUCCUGCCAUGUAUGAGCAUCGGCCCUAUUCAUCACACACACCACACGAUUACCAAGCUCCACUCCAAGUUACACCAGUAAACAAUACAACAAACGCCCCGGCAGCGAAUGUUUCAAACAACAACGAAAUUUCGUUUAAUGAUCGUUACGGAGGCGGGGCAUCAUUCUCGCCUAGUCCCGUUCAUUUCGGCGGCCGCAGCUCCCGCCCAGGGCGAUCGAUACUGAAAGAUCGUACGCAAGCCGAAGCGGAAGGGGACAGCAGCAGCUAUCACGACUAUCUCCCAUCUCGCAUGGCCCAGCAGAGUGCCUUACGGCGGAGACAGUCUGUAAGCUUUGCUGAAAGCGAUGGGGCUCACACAGAUCCUCCUUACCACUCUCCCUACUACCCCUACAGCCAAAAUAUGUACGAGCCCGUGGUGACUGCCCAGUCUGCUCCAAGCCCUUACGCUGCGCCGCCAGGUCCCUACAGUGCGCCGCCACAAGCUUUCGUCCCGAAAAUACGCAGGGCUGGUUAUUUGGAUCGAGGAUGAGGACAUCGCAUGCUUGAGGUGGGGGAGCGCGGGCUUAGGAAGCAGUGAGGAGGAGGAUUUCUUGCAGAUUGUCGACUAGGUGUUUUCUAGUCUAUUUAAUUUUAGCUUCGGUUUAUUGUGUGAGCGUAUGUAUGUAGAGCAUCAUAUGUGGAUGGUAAUUAGGAUCGUCGAAAAGCGGUUUU